GUUGAGUUUGGUGUUUAUGUUUUUUUCAAUCAUUAAUAGAUAAAUGGUUAUUUUCAAGUUUAAAAGCACGAGGAAUUGAUAAAGAAACCGAAGAGUGUCGAGACGCUUUUGUGAACAGCGAUUUCUAUUGGCUAUUUUCCAUGUGACGUCACAGCAGCAGUGGCGUUUCUGUCGCGUCGCGUUUGUGGUGAAGGUGCAAGAAAGGCAGCAACAGAGGAAAACUCCAGGAACAAUUUAUUAAACAAAUCCUUUAUUCCGACACUUCUGUGAAAACAUUUGAGCGGUCUUCAUGAGUCUGAAGAGAAACUUUUAAUGAUAAGCGGUGCUUCCUGAAAUGAUGUCAUUCUUUACUCCUUUAUUGGCUGUCUUAUGCUGGCUGUUAUCACUGACAUCAUCUCUUAAACUGGACGACCCCAAUGUCUGCAGUCACUGGGAGAGUUAUCCUGUGACCGUGCAGGAGUCGUAUGCACAUCCCUUUGACCAGGUUUACUACACCAGCUGUACAGACAUCCUCAACUGGUUCAAAUGCACUCAACACAGGGUAAGCUACAGGAUGGCGUACCGCAGGGUAGAGAAGACGAUGCAUAGACGAAAGUCUCAGUGCUGCCCGGGCUUCUACGAGAAUAAAGACGUGUGUGUCCCUGAAUGUGCUGAGAAAUGUGUGCAUGGCCGCUGUGUGGCCCCCAACACCUGUCAGUGUGAGCCGGGCUGGGGAGGAGCCGACUGCUCCAGCGCGUGCGACAGCAGUCACUGGGGUCCACACUGCAGCAGUCGCUGUCAGUGUAAGAACGGGGCGUUGUGUAACCCCAUCAGCGGAGCCUGCAUCUGCUCACCCGGGUACCGCGGCUGGCGCUGCGAGGAGAUCUGUGAGCGCUCCACCUACGGCAACAACUGCCAACAGACGUGCCAGUGCCAAAACAACGCCACGUGCCACCACGUCACCGGAGAGUGCGUGUGCAGUCCGGGUUACACGGGAGCGUUCUGCGAGGAUCUGUGUCCUCCGGGAAAACAUGGACGUCUGUGCGAGGAACGUUGUCCGUGUCAGAACGGAGGCGUGUGCCAUCAUGUGACGGGAGAAUGUUCCUGCCCGCCCGGUUGGAUGGGUACGGUGUGCGGACAACCGUGUCCUGCCGGACGCUUCGGGAGGAACUGCACACACGAGUGUCAGUGUCAUAAUGGAGCAAGCUGUUCAUCGUCUACAGGACAGUGUGUGUGUAGUGCAGGAUACACAGGAGAGAGGUGUCAGGAUCAAUGUCCUGUUGGCUCUUAUGGAGUGGACUGUAUGCAGACGUGUGCUUGUGUGAACGGUGCUCAGUGUUAUCACGUGAGCGGAGCGUGUCUGUGUGAACACGGAUACACGGGCGAGAGAUGUGAGGAGCGUAACUGUCCCGACGGCCUUUACGGUCUUAAAUGUGACAAGAAAUGUCCCUGUCACACCAAUAACACACGCAGCUGUCACCCUAUGACGGGCGAGUGUUCAUGUAAGCCAGGAUGGGCGGGGUUAUACUGUAAUGAGACGUGUGCUCCUGGUUUCUAUGGUGAAGCGUGUCAGGAGGUUUGCAGCUGUCAGAACGGUGCCGACUGUCACGGUGUGACGGGCGAGUGCGUCUGUGCGCCCGGAUUUAAGGGCACAGAUUGCUCCAUCACGUGUCCCAUCGGUACAUACGGCAUCAACUGCACCUCUCGGUGUUCCUGUAAGAACGGAGCCGCUUGCUCACCGAUAGACGGAUCGUGUUCCUGUCAUGCAGGUUGGCACGGGGUGGAUUGCUCCAUUAACUGUCCCAGUGGCACCUGGGGUCUGUCCUGUAAUCUGACGUGUGUUUGUGGUAAUGGAGGCUCAUGCAGCGCUCUGGAUGGCAGGUGUACAUGUACUCCAGGCUGGAGAGGAGACAAAUGUGAUCUGCCAUGUCAUGACGGCACAUAUGGACUGGAGUGUCGCGAGCGCUGUGAUUGUAUUCAUGCAGACGGAUGUCACCCAACAACUGGACACUGUCGCUGUCUGACAGGCUGGACAGGUAUCCAUUGUGACAGUGUGUGUGCUGAGGGCCGCUGGGGUCCCGGCUGUUCUCUGUCGUGUAACUGUAAGAACGGAGCGUCAUGUUCACCUGAUGAGGGCACUUGUGAGUGUGCAUCUGGAUACAGAGGAACCAACUGUCAGCGCAACUGUUCUCCAGGUUUUUUUGGUCAUCAGUGUAGUCAGGUGUGUCCUCAGUGCGUCCACAGCAAUGAACCGUGUCAUCAUGUGAGCGGCCAGUGUGACUGUCUGCCUGGUUUUAAAGGAUCUCUCUGCAAUGAAGUGUGUCCCAGUGGCAGGUUUGGUAAGAAGUGUGCGUGGAGCUGCAAGUGCACUAAUAACGGCACGUGUAACCCCAUCGACGGCUCGUGUCAGUGUUACCCCGGCUGGAUCGGCAGCGACUGCUCACAGCCGUGUCCACCCGGUCAGUGGGGUCCUAACUGCAUCCACACGUGUAACUGUCAUAACGGGGCCUUCUGUAGUGCUUAUGACGGCGAGUGUAAGUGUACGGCCGGCUGGACGGGUCUCUACUGCACACAACGUUGUCCAUUGGGUUUCUAUGGGAAAGACUGUGCACAGGCGUGUCAGUGUGAGAACGGCGCUGACUGUGAUCAUAUCUCGGGUCGGUGUACGUGUCGCACCGGCUUUAUGGGACGUCACUGUGAAAAGAAAUGUCCUGCUGGUACGUAUGGAUACGGCUGUCGACAGGUGUGUGAUUGUCUCCAUAACUCCACGUGUGAUCACAUGACCGGCACCUGCUACUGUAACCCCGGCUGGAAAGGCCCACGCUGUGAUCAGGUUGGUGUAAUCAUCGUGGGAAACCCAAACAGUCUGACGAGUACGGCAUUACCCGUGGGCUCAUAUCAGAUCGGGGCCAUUGCAGGAAUCGUGGUGCUGGUGCUUCUGGUGCUCACCCUCCUCACGCUCUUCAUCAUUUACCGCAGAAAACAGAAGGGCAAAGAUUCCUCAGUGCCUGCGGUCACAUACACGCCAACCAUGAGACCAAACACAGAUUACACCAUCGCAGGUACAAGACAGCCCACAGUUCCUCAGACGACUGACGUCUCUCCCAACAGCAAUCAUUUCUCCAAUCCCAGCUAUCACACGUUGACCCAAUGCAGCAGUCCACCUCAUGUUAAUAAUCUGCCCUAUGGAAAGCAGAAUACCAACCAGCUGUUUGUGAACAUGAAGAAUCCUGAGCAGAGGAAACUGCCGGAUCACACGGGAACUCUGCCAGCCGACUGGAAACAGGGUGGAUCCUUCAAUGAGCUUGGAGCUUAUGGUGUUGACAGACGUUACAUGGGGAAAUCACUGCGAGAUCUGGUGAAGGAUGCACCCUAUCACAGCAGUUCCUGCUCUCUCAGCAGUUCAGAGAAUCCAUACGCGACCAUCAAAGAUCCUCCUGCACUGCUGAUGACCAAGAGCGCCGAGUGUGGAUAUAUGGAGAUGAAGUCUCCGGCUCAUAGAGACUCACCGUACACAGAGAUACACGCCUCCGGUCCUGCCUACAAAAACGUCUAUGAAGUUGAGCCGACCAUCAGUAACAUCUCGAACAACAACUACAACGGACCGUUUUGUCAAGAUCCCUAUGACCUACCAAAGAACAGCCGUAUCCCGUGUCAUUAUGAUCUACUGCCCACCAGAGACAGCAGCCCUUCACCUGCAGAGAAUGUGGACAACAAAUAAACAAACUUCAUCAUUAAAUCAGCACUAGAUUAACAUUUGUCAUUAAUUCUCAUAAACAUUAUUAUUACCGUCUAUAAAGGUCGAAUAGUUGUGUCGGAGCCGGUGGCUCGAGGUCCUUUGCCGAUCCCAUACCCCUCUCUCCACCCUGUACUGUACUUUCCUGUCCUCUCAUAUACACUGUCUGUUAAAUAAAGACAAAAUGCCCCCCUCCCAAAAAAAACCCCCAAUGACGUAUUCUGACCCAGAGAAAUGAAGAGGUGGAGGCGUAAACCACUGCAUUAACUUUCCAACACAAGCAAAUCAUUCCAUUCAUUUCAUUCUGUACAGGACCUACGUAUGUUUUAUAAUCAUAAUAUCUGCGUUCUUCAUUGAGAUCAGACAGAGAGGAUUUCAUCUUUCUGUUGCUGAAAAUCAUUUGCUUUUUGUCCGAAAGCAUUUCAGGUUUACCAAAGGUGGAUUUGCCGUUUCAAAGCACUAUUAUUAUUGUAUUUAUACUGACAGACGUCCAUUAGUUUACACUAAAUUCAAAUCUUUUCUUUUUUGAGACUGAUCACUGAAAUUUGUCAAAAACUUUAUAGUUUGAAGUGAGCUGAAGCUGGACUUUUGCAAAGCUAGAUCUCUAAUGUGAUGUGGAGUCAGUUUCAUACGACAAGCGCUCUUACGAUAAACAUUCAUGUGUUUUGAGCCUGAUAUGAACUUAAAUUGUAUAAAAUUGUACAUACUGCCAGUUCUUACAUAAAUGUGCUAUUUUGAUCCUGUAAACUAUAACACAUUCCUAAAGUCAACUGUAAUUUGUCAAAUAUUUUACAUUAGUAAAGAUUACAGUUCUUUACUUACUGAAACCCAACAGUGUGUUAUAUUUGUAUUUUUAUAAGUUUUACUAGAAUUGACACACAAAGAAAUGAUUAAUAAUACUGAUUCCAGAAAGCGACUGAAGCCCAUGUGUUGUGUGUAUGCGUGUGUAUGUAUCUUACAAUCAAUAUCAUUCUUUUGUUUUUGAUUUUAUAAUAAAUAAAUGAAGUUGCACAACUGCCGUUACUUACUUUCCCAAAGAGCACAGGAACCAGACUUUCUGUACCCUGCAAACACUUUGUGAAUGUUGUAUAUUACUUCUAUAUUUUUAACUUAAAUGCAUUAUACUGUAUAUGCAAUUCAUUCUUACAAUAAAAUGACAACAUUUUUCGAGUUGGCAAUAGG